AUGACCGACGACAACAACACCAACAACACCACCAACACCAACACCCCGGAGAACACGCGGGGUACCCGCCCACCUCACACCCCAGAUGACGCCACAACUCAAGAACCCUCUCUAGCAUCCCGGGUCCAAAGCUCCGCGGCCGAAGGCAAGGCGGCAGGUCCAUCCAGGCCCGGAGCUGGAACCGCCGGAGAAGCAGGAUACCUCUCUACGGGCUCCGUAGCUCCUCACUCUUCAAAACCAGGAGCCAGCGAACCGUUUCGCGAACUCCAAACUGCAAGAAACCCGAACCCAGCGCCCAGCUACGAGGAAUUCCAGCAGUUCGAAGACAAUGCACUGGAUCUACAAGUACACCAAACAGCGAAUCCAGAUCAAUCGCGACUUAGUACAGAUCUACAAAACGAAACAGGACAUUGGAAAGGAAAACAACGCGCCCACGAUCCCGCACAACAGGAAUACAGCACCGCCUGGGACCGCGCGCAACGCCCUCCGUAUCCAGAAGCAAAAGCAAGCUACGAACCAAACGCAACAGACGGCAUGGAAGUCGUAACCCUUCUCUCAGACACAUCCUUUGACCCGAACACAGAUCCUUAUAAUCCAGAGUACGAUCUCGAUAAGGACGCAGAAGCUACACCUCUCACGCCCGACGAAAUCAAGGCAUUGGAUUCCUUCCGGAAGACCUUCUCCGAAACACAGCUGGGAAAUACACAGCAGCGAACGGGGAUAUCAGAUAUGAGUCUCAUACCCGAUAUUGAUACAUUCCUGGCUCAAGAUACAAGUACCGGUUCUAUAUCAGCGGGGGCAUUAAGAGAUAGCGUGCUAGAAAAUCUUCCUGGAGCGGGUGAUUGGAUGGGUGUGCAGGAGAGGUAUCAUGAUGAGGUGUGGGGGUAUUUGAGGCUUGCGUUGGAGGCUGCGAGGAGUGAGAUGGAGGAGGAUGUUCAGGGAGAGGGACAUGUCGAGGGCCCGGCUGUUAGGAGGCUGAAGAUGAUUUUGAAGCAUAUGAGUUGA